AUGUGGUGGAUGAUGGGUGAAAACGGUGGUCACUAUUGUUCUAAAAAAUCCGAUGAUUUAUGCGGCACACAGGAAUCGGAUCGAGGAUUUGGCAUCUCCAGGCUCUGUUGCAUCUUGCGUGGUGUGGACUUGAAAUCAAUCUUAUUUCUUUUAGUGAUAGUCCCAAUGUGUGUCAUUGGUGUAUACAUUCAUGGCCUCAAGAUUUCAUAUUUCUUGAGACCUUUAUGGGAAUCACCUCCCAAACCAUUCCACGAGAUCCCUCAUUAUCACCAUGAGAACGCUUCAAUGGAAUCGCUCUGUAAACUCCACGGCUGGGGAAUCCGUGAAUACCCUCGUCGUGUCUACGAUGCGGUUCUCUUCAGUACUGAAGUGGAACUCCUCACGAUACGGUGGAAAGAACUGUACCCAUAUGUUACUCAGUUUGUUCUCCUCGAGUCCAACUCGACUUUCACCGGAUUACCAAAACCGCUUGUUUUCGCGGGUCACAGGGAUGAGUUUAAGUUGAUCGAGCCUCGGUUGACUUACGGGUCGAUUGGAGGAAGGUUUAAGAAAGGAGAAAAGAAUCCCUUUUACGAAGAGGCGUAUCAGAGAAUCGCGUUGGAUAAGCUUUUAAGAAUCGCGGGUAUUACCGAUGAUGACUUAUUGAUUAUGUCUGAUGUCGAUGAGAUCCCGAGUAGACACACGAUAAAUCUUCUACGUUGGUGCGAUGACAUACCGCAAAUUCUUCACCUCAGACUGAAGAACUAUUUGUACUCGUUUGAGUUCCCGGUCGAUGAUAAGAGCUGGAGAGCUUCAGUUCAUAGGUACCAGACGGGUAAAACGAAGUACGCGCAUUACAGGCAGUCGGAUGAGAUCUUGGCGGAUUCGGGGUGGCAUUGCAGCUUCUGUUUCAGACGGAUCAGCGAGUUUGUGUUCAAAAUGAAAGCUUAUAGUCAUUACGAUAGAGUGAGAUUCUCGCAUUACUUGAACCCGAAAAGGGUUCAGAAAGUGAUAUGCAGCGGAGCAGAUCUGUUCGACAUGAUUCCAGAGGAGUACACAUUUAAAGACAUCAUCGGGAAAAUGGGUCCGAUUCCGCAUUCAUAUUCGGCGGUUCAUCUUCCGGCAUACCUUCUGGAGAACGCGGAGCGGUACAAGUUUCUUCUUCCGGGGAACUGCUUGAGAGACGAGGAAUGA